GUCAAUGGUGGACGUCUCAUUCGCUGGUUUGGGAGGAGUUGCCGUGACCGCCAUUGUUACAGCUCCGUCGUCGUAUUACACAGAGCCGUGAAUCCGCGCUUUCCCCGUGGGCGCGCAUCGUGGAAUUGCGAACUACCGAGGAGCGGUCACAGCCCUGGGCCCGAUAUUCUCCGCGCGUGCCGUUAAUCCAACGACGAGCCGUCAGCCGAACGCGUUCUCACGGCGUAGCAUGUCCACGAUGAAUCCCGAAUACGAUUACCUGUUUAAAUUACUACUAAUCGGGGACUCCGGCGUCGGCAAAUCGUGUUUGCUGCUGCGCUUCGCCGAUGACACAUACACGGAGAGUUAUAUCAGCACCAUCGGCGUAGACUUUAAGAUCCGCACCAUCGAUCUAGAUGGGAAGACGAUAAAGCUGCAGAUCUGGGAUACGGCGGGUCAGGAACGGUUCAGGACAAUCACGAGUUCGUAUUACCGCGGUGCCCACGGUAUCAUCGUUGUUUACGACUGCACGGAUCAGGAGACUUUCAACAAUGUAAAACAGUGGUUGGAGGAGAUUGACCGUUACGCAUGUGACAACGUCAAUAAGCUCCUAGUCGGCAACAAAUGUGAUUUACACACGAAAAAAGUGGUCGACUACACAACGGCCAAGGAAUAUGCGGAUCAGCUCGGUAUACCGUUCUUGGAAACCUCGGCGAAGAAUGCGAUGAACGUAGAGCAAGCUUUUAUGACAAUGGCCGCGGAAAUCAAACUCAGAGUGGGCCCACCAUCGAGCGGAGCGAGCGAUCCGGCCAACAAGGUGAAAAUAGAGCACGGACGUCCAAUCGAAUCCUCGAAGUCGAGCUGCUGCUGAGAACUGUAUUUUGCGUCCCUCUAACCAAAAAACAUCUAACGGUUUGCGGUCCGGGUACUGCGGAAAAUAAACUUAUUACCGGAGAGCAUAAGAGCGCGUACAUGGAAGUUUCAGUUUAUACCAACAGACAGAGGAAGGAAGAAAAAUGCAAAAAGAAAAAAAAUCCUACAUACAAAACACACAUUAUACACACACACACACAUACACUCACGCACACACACACUCUCUCUCUCUCAUGGACCAUCGUCAACUCCUGUCGCGCGGAGUUGCACAAAGUCUCUUCGCCUGACCUUUUCUCUUUCCUCUUCUACUUCUUUUUUGUUGUAGUUAAUCUUACCGAGGGAGAAAGGACGCGACGAUUGCUCGACGCUAUUCGUAAUAGCAUAAAGAAAAAAAAAACUUCGACUUUAGAUAAAUUCGUCGAAUUAGCAUCGAUCUUAAACGUCUUUAUCGAGUGCGUGCGUGUCUGCCUGCGUGCGUGCGUGCGUGCGUGCGUGCGCACGUACGUACUCAAGUGCGCAACAAGGGACGACCCGAGAAUCUUGAGAAGAUUAAGUCGAAUACCAUUGUGUACGGUGGUUAUAAAGUGUAAGCACUUUGAUUUCUGUUUCUUUUGUUUUCUCUCUUCUUUUUUUUUUUAGCCUAAUUGUAAUGUGUACAAUUGAAGUAUAUGUAUGCGUUUCGGCCAUGCUACGA